GGGUGAGCUGCUGCCGUUCCUGCUGCUUCCCGCUGGGGCUGCGGGCUGUCUGGGGCUGGUGGCGGUGGCUUGAGGACAGGGGUGGCAGCGGCCGGCAAGCCAGCGGCUGAGCCGGAGGCGGGGGUGGGGAGGAGGGCGUCCAGGGCUGCGUGCGCGCGCGCAAGGCUGGAGCAUGAGCCGGACUUGACCGCGAGGCGGAGGCAAAAGCCACCGCCCCCUCUUCCCCUCCCUGGAGUGAGGCGGCGCGGCGGCCAGAGAGGGAUGGGGGGCGCCCACCCAGUCUGAGCCUCGUCGCGGGCGCCUCGGUCUCACGCAGCGUUUCUCACGAGCCUCUAGUGCGCACCUUCGGCCCCAGCAGCCUCUGCCCGGCGCACCCGGGCCGACGAGGAGGGGACGCCCGCCUGGGUGGGUGGGGCGGGGAGGAUACCUGAGGUCACCUGCUCGGCUCGAGAGGCAAAGGCGGCCACGGCGGUGGCGGAACUGCAGAGCUUCGAGGUCCACCCGACCCUUAUCCUCAGCCCGGGAAGUAACCAAUGUGAAACAUGUUGCAGAAACAUUCAAGAAGUGGCUGAAGGGGGAAGGAAAAAAGUGCCACUGCCUGUCAAAAAAACCAAAAGAAAACAUGGGAAAUACAACCACCAAAUUCCGUAAAGCACUCAUCAAUGGUGAUGAAAACCUGGCCUGCCAAAUAUAUGAAAACAACCCUCAGCUAAAAGAAUCCCUUGAUCCAAAUACAUCUUAUGGAGAGCCCUACCAGCACAAUACUCCAUUACACUAUGCUGCUAGACAUGGAAUGAAUAGAAUACUUGGGACUUUUCUUUUUGGAAGAGAUGGAAAUCCAAAUAAACGGAACGUGCACAAUGAAACAUCUAUGCAUUUGUUGUGUAUGGGACCUCAAAUCAUGAUAUCUGAAGGAGCCCUUCAUCCUCGCUUAGCACGCCCUGCAGAAGACGAUUUCAGAAGAGCGGAUUGUCUGCAGAUGAUCUUAAGAUGGAAAGGAGCAAAACUUGACCAAGGCGAAUAUGAGAGAGCAGCUAUUGAUGCUGUUGACAACAAAAAAAACACACCCCUGCACUAUGCUGCCGCCUCAGGGAUGAAAACCUGUGUAGAGCUUUUAGUAAAACAUGGAGGAGACUUGUUUGCGGAGAAUGAGAAUAAAGAUACUCCUUGUGAUUGUGCUGAGAAGCAGCACCACAAAGAUUUGGCCCUCAAUCUGGAAUCACAAAUGGUAUUCUCACGAGAUCCUGAAGCUGAAGAAAUAGAAGCUGAAUAUGCUGCAUUAGACAAACGAGAGCCAUAUGAAGGAUUAAGGCCUCAGGAUCUUCGUAGAUUGAAAGAUAUGCUUAUUGUGGAAACUGCAGACAUGCUUCAGGCUCCACUGUUUACUGCCGAAGCUUUACUUCGAGCUCAUGACUGGGACAGGGAGAAAUUACUUGAAGCUUGGAUGUCCAACCCAGAGAACUGCUGCCAACGAUCAGGUGUUCAAAUGCCAACUCCACCACCAAGUGGAUAUAAUGCCUGGGACACACUCCCUUCUCCCAGAACUCCAAGGACUACACGCUCUUCUGUCACCUCUCCAGAUGAAAUAAGUUUAUCUCCUGGAGAUUUGGACACCAGUUUGUGUGACAUUUGUAUGUGCAGUAUUUCUGUAUUUGAAGACCCAGUGGAUAUGCCCUGUGGACAUGACUUUUGUAGAGGAUGUUGGGAGUCAUUUUUGAAUCUGAAAAUUCAAGAAGGUGAAGCUCACAACAUUUUCUGCCCUGCAUAUGAUUGCUUCCAACUUGUGCCUGUGGAUAUCAUAGAAAGUGUAGUUUCUAAGGAGAUGGACAAACGAUACCUACAGUUUGAUAUUAAGGCCUUUGUUGAAAAUAAUCCUGCCAUUAAAUGGUGUCCUACUCCAGGCUGUGAAAGAGCAGUCAGACUUACAAAACAAGGGUCAAAUACGUCUGGGUCUGAUACACUCAGCUUUCCCUUGCUCCGAGCUCCCGCUGUGGACUGUGGAAAAGGACACCUGUUCUGCUGGGAGUGCCUUGGUGAAGCACAUGAGCCUUGUGACUGCCAAACAUGGAAAAAUUGGCUACAAAAAAUAACUGAAAUGAAACCAGAAGAACUUGUAGGAGUUAGUGAAGCUUAUGAAGAUGCUGCCAAUUGUCUCUGGUUGUUAACUAACUCCAAGCCUUGUGCUAACUGUAAGUCUCCAAUACAGAAGAAUGAGGGAUGCAAUCACAUGCAAUGUGCUAAGUGCAAGUAUGACUUUUGCUGGAUUUGCCUAGAAGAAUGGAAAAAGCAUAGUUCUUCCACAGGAGGUUAUUACAGAUGCACUCGCUAUGAAGUCAUACAGCAUGUGGAGGAGCAAUCCAAGGAAAUGACUGUGGAGGCUGAGAAAAAACACAAACGAUUUCAGGAACUUGACAGAUUUAUGCACUAUUAUACGAGAUUUAAAAACCAUGAACAUAGCUAUCAGUUAGAACAACGCCUUCUUAAAACAGCCAAAGAAAAGAUGGAGCAGUUGAGUAGAGCUCUCAAAGAAACAGAAGGAGGCUGUCCAGAUACCACUUUCAUUGAAGAUGCAGUUCAUGUGCUCUUAAAAACUCGACGCAUUCUCAAGUGUUCUUAUCCAUAUGGAUUUUUCUUGGAACCUAAAAGCACAAAGAAAGAAAUUUUUGAACUCAUGCAGACAGACCUAGAAAUGGUCACUGAAGACCUUGCCCAAAAAGUCAAUAGGCCUUACCUUCGCACACCCCGCCACAAGAUUAUCAAGGCAGCAUGCCUUGUGCAGCAGAAGAGACAAGAAUUCCUGGCAUCUGUGGCUCGGGGAGUUGCUCCUGCAGACUCACCAGAAGCUCCAAGGCGCAGCUUUGCUGGUGGAACAUGGGAUUGGGAAUAUUUAGGAUUUGCAUCACCUGAGGAAUAUGCUGAAUUUCAGUAUCGGAGAAGGCACAGACAGCAGCGCCGUCGGGGAGAUGUGCAUAGUCUGCUCAGUAACCCUCCAGACCCUGAGGAGCCGAGUGAAAGCACGUUAGACAUCCCAGAUGGUGGCAGUGGCCGGAGGCCUGGCGCCUCCGUGGUCAGCUCUGCGUCCAUGAGCGUGCUGCACAGCUCCUCCCUGCGUGACCACACCCCUGCCAGUCGCUCUGAAAACCAAGACUCUCUUCAGGCUCUGAGUUCCUUGGAUGAAGAUGAUCCCAAUAUACUUCUUGCAAUACAGUUAUCACUGCAAGAAUCCGGGCUGGCCAUUGAUGAGGAAAAUAGAGACUUUCUCAAUAAUGAAGCAUCGUUAGGAGCAAUAGGUACCUCUUUACCUUCCAGGCUAGAUGCAGUCCCGAGGAACACAGAUAGCCCUCGGGCUGCACUGAGCAGCUCUGAGCUGUUGGAACUUGGUGACAGCCUCAUGAGAUUAGGAGCAGAGAGUGACCCAUUUUCAACUGACACUCUGAGUUCACACCCUCUAAGUGAAGCAAGAAGUGAAUUCUGUCCCUCAUCCAGUGACCCUGACUCAGCUGGCCAGGAUGCCAACAUCAAUGACAAUCUUCUUGGCAAUAUCAUGGCUUGGUUUCAUGACAUGAACCCUCAGAGUAUCGCCCUGAUUCCUCCAGCAGUUACAGAAGUCAGUGCAGAUUCCCAGCUCCCCUGCGUCACAGAUGAGUCAGAAGGUAAGAGGGAUGUGGAACUGGUGCCACCAGAAGAAGAUUCAGUGUUUCAAGAUGCUGUGGUCAGUGAAGGUAGCGGAACCCAAGCAGAAGAAGAAAACCCUUUGGAAGAAAAUACUUCGGCUGGGGAAUCAGCACCUCAAGCUGGCAUUGGAAGUAAUGAGGCAGCCAGCAAGGGGGACGACGCAGACGUUUCAAGCCAAACACCUCAGACCUCAAGCAACUGGCUUGAACAAGUACAUUUAGUGUGAACCGCACCCCUCCGGGCUCCAGACGAAUCACAGGUACAGACGGUAUUCUAGUGGAGUAUGCUUUUUAGAGACUUCUUGAUCCACUUAAUUCCAAUUCAAUUAUAAACCACUGACGUUAGGAUUGAAUACGAAGGAGUUCCCUUGAAUGGUAGUUUCAUUUCUGAUUUUUACCUUAUAGGGAAUUUCCUUUGGUAUUUAAUUGAAUAGCUUUUCCCCUUUUUUGUGCUGACAAAAAAGAAGAGUAAGAGAAACACAAAUGGAAUAAAUAGGCUAGAUACCAAUUCUGAGAAAAUGCAGUCCUGUUUAGCCUAAAGUCGGCGAUACUUAAAUUGAAUGUUAAAAAUUAAAGGCUUACUCCCUAAUCCGUGGGUGGUUUUUCCUCUUUUAAAGAAAAAAGUUUUCUUCAGUUUGAAGUUAUUUUGGACAGAUCCCAUAACAUGUUCUUCAAUCACUUUGUGCUCUUCCAUCACUUUCUUCCUUUUUGUCUGAGCGGUGUGGAUUCAGAUCUCCAAGGCUUCUCUUUAGUGCUGCGUCUACCACAGUGUAGUUUUUGUAAGGUUAAAAUCGGUGUGUUUUAAUAUUCAUAUGAAUCAAAGAUUUCUUUUCAUGUCUAUUUCCAGUCCACUUGUGCCAAACUGACUCGUGCGCUAACAAGCCGCUUAAGUAUGCAGUGUCCUAGAGGGCUCCAGAGUCGUCUCCGCCUUCUUGGGAGUUAAAGGUGCCACUUGGUAGCAACGAUAUUCCAGAAUAGAAUGGGCUUUUGUUGCCAUGGAGACUGCAUUUAAAUAAAUGUAACCUGUAGCUUAAGUUAACUAAACCUAAUGCUGCUGUUAAAAACAGUUUAUUUUAAUAUUAAAAUACAGUUGAUUAGCAACAGCGGUGCUGUAUUUUAAGAGACACUUUAUUGGAAGUGCAAUCAUAGUACUUUGUUUUCACACUUUUACAGUGCAUUCUAAUUACUAAUGGGUGCAAUUACUUUUAAUGGUAAGUGUUUUAUAAAAUAGAAAAAAGUGGAGUUUUCAUGAGUUAUAGUUAAUCCCAGUUAUUAAAAAAUUCAAUAAAACAUCCUGCGCAACAUGUUGCCGUGCCUUUGCCUAACUAAAUGGAUAGUUACCAGUUAAAUAAGUGAGUAAUUGAAAUUUCAGUGUCUCUUCUGAAGUAACUAUGCUAUGAAUUGCAAAGACCUCCAUAAAACCACCCAUGGCCUUGCCUUUACAGUAAAUAUAACUAAAUGUUCAAUCAGUUUGCCUAAAUAGCAAAGGCUGACAUGUGUUUGUUCUCUUGCACAAUACUCAUUUGCUGUGUGAUUACUGUUUAGUGUUGAAAAAAAUCAACUUCCUAGUUAUCAGUGUCUUACUGUGAAGAAAAUACUGGUCUUAGUUGUAAUUAAGAUACAGUGGUACAGUGUGUAAUUAAAACUAGAGUAAACUGUU